UUCUCUCUCUUUGAUCUUGUGGUCUGUGGUCUUGCGGCGGCGUUUCUUUAACCGCUGUUGUUUAAUUUUUUGUAAAAAUGGAUUACCCUGUUAAUAUUAAGGCUGAUGCCAUUACACUUGUUAGUCAAUUUAUUCAAACUGUUGAUAAAUCUUUAGCGCAGAAAUUUAUCGAGAAAUCAAAAUUGAAACCUAGUUCAGAUAAAUUACCAAACCUAUGUGAAAUUAUAAAAGAAUAUAUCAAGCUGAAAAAAGUUUCUGCUCUAAAGGAUUUGUCCCGAGGUGCUGCAAGUUCUGAUGAUUCUAGCGAUGAAGAUGAAAAGCCCAAAAAAGCAGUUCAAGUGAAUGGCAAGGCGCCAGUUGCGAAUAACAAAAAAGAAUCUUCUGACUCCGACAGUUCCGAAGAUGAAAAACCAUCAAAAACAAAUGCUAAAACUGUAGUGCCCAAACCACAAGUUAAAAAGCCAGAAUCAUCAGACGAUAGUGACAGCAGUGAUGAUGAUGCCACCACAAAACCUAAGAAACAACCAGUCAAACCACAGUCUACAAAUACCCCUAAAGUAGUUAAAAAACAAUCAUCCUCUGAUGAUAGCAGUGAAGAUGACAAGAAAACUAAACCACAACAGAAUGCAACUGCAAAACCAAAAGCAACACCAGCGAAGCCUACACCUGCAAAGGCUCCGUUGGCUAAAAAGGAGUCAUCAGACAGUGAUGAUAGUAGUGAAGAUGAAAAGACUAAAAAGCCAGCACCAAAACAACCUGUUAAAGCUGUACCUGCAAAGAAACAGGAGUCUUCAGAUGAUAGCGAUGAAAGUGAAGAUGAGAAACCUAAACCUCCACAAAAAGCUGUAAAAGCACAAGCAACUCCUGCAAAGAAACCAGGUAAAGUAGAAACUCCGAAAAAGCAGGCAUCCUCAGAUGACAGUGACGACAGCAGUGAUGACGACAGUAAAAAGAAGCCUAAAGCAGCCCCAAAGGCUCAAGUCACAGCACCAGUGAAAGCCACACCUAAGAAACAGGCUUCGUCAUCAGAAGACAGCAGUGACGAUGAUACGAAACCUUCCCAAAAACAGACUAAACCAGCUGUUGCAAAACCAACUCCAGUUAAGACACCUGCUAAAGUCCAGACACCGAAAAAACAAGCAGCAUCCUCUGAAGACAGUGAUGAUGAUAGUAGUGAUGAUGACAGUAAAACGAAACCCAAAGUAGUCCCUAAACUUCAAGCCACACCGGCUGUCAAAGUAGCUCCUAAGAAACAGGCUUCUUCAUCAGAAGAUAGUGAUAGUAGUGACGAUGAUAAAAAACCAGCCCAAAAACAGUCCAAACCGGCCAUUGCUAAGCCUGUGUCAAAGCCCACUCCAGCGAAGAAGCAAAAAUCAUCUUCAGAAGACAGUGACAGUGAAGAUGAACAAACAGCCAAAAAGCCAGCGCCGAAGGUUGUACAAAAACCACCAACGAAAAAGGAAUCUUCGGAUGACAGUGAUAGUGAGGAUGAAGCUCCCAAGGCAUCGGCCAAAACACCAGUGAAACCUGCCGCAGCAGCCAAAGCACCAGCACAGGAGUCAUCUGAAGAUGAGAGCAGUGACGAUGAUGCCCCUAAAAAGACUCCUGCACAAACACCAAAAUCUAAACCGGCUAAGAAAGAAUCUUCAAGUGAAGAUAGUAGUGAUGAUGAGCCACAAUCCAAGACAGUGAAAAAAGCAGCUGAGUCAUCCGAUGAUGACAGUGAUGAAGAUGGUCCACCUGCUAAAGUAGCAAAGAAGGCGAAAACUGAAAAUGCACAGGCUACAGAAAAUGGUUUCCAAGCUGGUAAAAAAAGAAAAGCAUCAGGAGGUGAUCCCACACCAGCAAAAAAACCAUAUAACAAUUUUGUAAAGGGCACAAAAGUAGUUUCCACACCCAGUGAGAGGGACACUGAAGGAGAUUCAAGUGCAAAUAAAACCACCCCAUUCAGACGCGUUGCUACUGAAAAAGUAGAAGUGGACCCUAGACUUAAGGAUAAUUCAUUUGAAGCUAAGAGCGGAGCUCGCGGGUCAUGGGGUGAGCGUGCGAAUCACGACUUGAAGCACACGCGAGGAAAGUCUUUCAAACACGAGAAGACCAAGAAGAAGCGAGGCUCGUACCGCGGCGGUGCCAUCGACACAGGAGUCCAUUCUAUUAAAUUUGAAGAUUAAGUGAUGUUAUUUCUGUUUAUAUAUCUAUGGCGUUUUCGUUUCUUACGCAUUGUCUUUUAAAACAUUAGUUUCGCAGCUCGUUUUGGAACUCGUAUAGAUUUAAGUUUUCAGUUGACGACAAAUGUGAUGUUUCCUAUGUAAUCUGUUAAGCAUGGACUGGUACUGGUUAUGUACUACAAUAAUGUAUGUAUUUUAUAGUAUUAAUCAUUUUCUAUGAUCCCGUUUAGUCACCGUUUUAGUUUAUGAAUUCCAUUUAAUAUACUGUAUCCGUUUGUGAUGUAUACAAAAUAUUUUUUUCUUUAGGUAACAUUACCUAAAUUCAAGAUUUACAUUGCCUAAAUUUUUAUGAACUAUUUCGCCUCAAUAUGUUUGUAUCUUAAUUUUAAGACUAUUUUUUAGUUUAAGCUAGUUUCAUUUUUGAAUAAUUCUGUAAAUAAGUUUAUUAAGUUAAGAUUGAUUUGUGGAGAGACCUUUGUGGUUUAGUUUCUUUAGGAUCAUCUUCAAACAAUAUGCUAUAAAUAAAGAAAUUUCAAUAUUAUGAA